UUAUUUUUUCCCAUACUACGACCUAGCUGGUACAGAGGGAGUGUACCGGAGCUUAGAAACGUCAAGGACUCGAGAGUUCCAGAGAGUUGAAACAAAACGAACCAGUACAAGAGCACAAUGUGUGGAGACGCGACGAACUGGGACGAAGAUGCGUACAGGGAAAGUAUAUUGAAGGAGAGGGAGAUCCGAACCCGAACCGUUUUCCGGACUAUUUGGGCACCCUCCCAAAACCCUAAUCCUGACGCCAUUGUCGUGGCCUCAAGUGACGGUUCGCUCGCCUCCUACUCCAUCUCUUCCUGCAUUUCCAAACUCCAAUAUGGUUUUAACAAUACGAGGUCGCAACACUUCUUAGUGGCUGAGCCUCAGUCCUUUCUGCAAGGACAUGAUGGACCUGCAUAUGAUAUCAAAUUCUAUGGCCAUGGUGAAGAUACCUUGUUGCUAAGUUGUGGUGAUGAUGGUCGGAUUCGAGGGUGGAGGUGGAAGGAGUUUACAAACUCAGAUGUGCCCAUUACUUUGCAAGCCGGGAAUCAUGUGAAGCCAGUCCUUGACCUGGCGAAUCCUCAACAUAAAGGUCCUUGGGGUGCUCUUUCUCCAAUCCCUGAAAAUAAUUCCAUUGAUGUUAAUAUGCAGGGGGGGUCUAUUUUUUCGGCUUCCGGUGAUUCUUGUGCAUAUUGCUGGGAUGUGGAAACUGGUAAAAUCAAAACAGUUUUUAAAGGGCAUUCAGAUUACUUGCAUUGUAUAGUAGCCCGAAACACUGCCAAUCAGGUUAUAACUGGUUCAGAGGAUGGGACUGCACGAAUCUGGGAUUGCAAAAGUGGAAAGUGUAUUCAAGUAAUUGAUCCGGCAGAAAAUACAAAGUUGAAAGGUUUCUUCUCAUGCGUUAGUUGCAUUGCUCUUGAUGGAAGUGAGAGCUGGUUGGCUUGUGGCAGUGGUCGGAGUUUAUCCAUUUGGAAUCUUCCUGCUUCUGAGUGCAUUUCAAGGAUUUCAACUCGCGCUUCUGUGCAGGAUGUAUUAUUUGAAGACAAUCAAAUUUUAGCUGUUGGAGCAGAACCUCUCCUCAGUCGUUUUGCCAUAAAUGGGGCAGUUCUUUCACAAAUACAAUGUGCUCCUCUGUCAGCAUUUUCUGUCUCCAUACAUCCAUCUGGGGUUACAGCAGUUGGAGGUUAUGGAGGUCUUGUAGAUGCUAUCUCAGAGUUUGGAAGCCACCUUUGCACAUUUCGCUGCAAAUGUAUCCUUCGCAAAACAAAUCUCUCUUCGACUUUCGCUUUUCACAGAUCAACAGUCAUGGCAGGCUUGGCACCAGAGGGGUCGCAAUUUGAUGCUCGUCAGUUCGAUACCAAAAUGAAUGAGUUACUUUCAGCUGAUGGACAGGAUUUCUUUACAUCCUAUGAUGAGGUUUAUGAAAGUUUUGACGCUAUGGGACUGCAAGAGAAUCUUCUGAGGGGCAUUUAUGCUUAUGGUUUUGAAAAACCCUCAGCUAUUCAGCAAAGGGGAAUUGUUCCCUUCUGCAAGGGUCUAGAUGUUAUUCAACAGGCUCAAUCUGGAACUGGGAAGACUGCAACUUUCUGCUCUGGUAUUCUGCAACAACUCGAUUAUAGCAUGAUGGAGUGCCAGGCUUUGGUUCUGGCUCCAACUAGAGAACUUGCCCAACAGAUUGAGAAGGUUAUGCGGGCACUUGGAGAUUAUCUUGGUGUGAGGGUACAUGCUUGUGUUGGUGGAACAAGCGUUCGUGAAGACCAGCGCAUUCUGUCCAGUGGGGUUCAUGUUGUUGUUGGCACUCCUGGACGUGUGUUUGAUAUGCUGCGAAGACAGUCACUUCGUCCUGAUUACAUAAAGAUGUUUGUAUUGGAUGAGGCAGAUGAAAUGCUUUCCCGGGGUUUCAAGGAUCAGAUCUAUGAUAUUUUCCAGCUUCUACCAUCAAAGAUUCAGGUUGGGGUAUUCUCCGCCACAAUGCCACCUGAGGCCCUUGAGAUUACAAGGAAGUUCAUGAACAAACCUGUAAGAAUUCUUGUGAAGCGUGAUGAGCUUACCCUGGAGGGUAUAAAGCAGUUUUAUGUCAAUGUUGAUAAGGAGGAAUGGAAACUCGAGACCCUCUGUGACCUUUAUGAAACUCUGGCCAUCACCCAGAGUGUCAUUUUUGUGAACACCAGGCGCAAGGUUGAUUGGCUGACUGACAAGAUGCGGAGCCGUGACCACACGGUCUCUGCCACCCAUGGAGAUAUGGACCAGAACACGAGAGACAUUAUCAUGCGUGAAUUUCGUUCUGGAUCAUCUCGUGUCCUUAUAACCACUGAUCUUUUGGCACGUGGUAUUGAUGUCCAGCAAGUCUCCCUUGUAAUAAAUUAUGAUCUCCCUACACAGCCAGAGAACUAUCUCCAUCGUAUUGGACGUAGUGGACGGUUUGGGAGGAAGGGUGUCGCCAUCAACUUCGUAACGAAGGAUGACGAAAGGAUGCUGUUUGACAUCCAGAAGUUUUAUAAUGUCGUAGUUGAGGAGCUGCCAUCAAAUGUCGCCGAUCUCCUCUAAUGAGAUUUUGCCUAUUUAGUAGAGAAUCGGAUUCUCUUUGGUUACCAGUAUUUAUGUGUUUUCUUUCUUUUCCUUUUUCUUUCCUUUCCUUUCCAGUGUCAUGUCUUAUAGGGUAUGGUGUUUUUAUUCCCAGAGUUUUUGAGUUUUGUGACUGUUCUCUAAGUGGUACCUGCAUAUGGUAGAAUCCAUCAUUGCUUGAUUUGGCAUGAUGGCUGUAUGUCUUCUUAUUAUAAAGCCAGUUCAAUUUUGUCAUUAAA